AUGCGUCGGUUGUUGGUUAUCCCAUGGCGCCUUUUCCCCACGGCGGAAGGGAAAAUGCGGACUGCGUCUUUGUUUUUCACGCCGGGCAUUCCAGUGCUGGAAGAAGACUUGGUUGACGAGGAACUACUCGCCCGACUUCUUGUACAGGAGGCUUCCCCAGUGGCGACACCGACAGCACCAGGCCCAUUGCCGAGGCCAAAAUGCAUGACUUCUUCUACAUCCACUGUUCCUUCCACCGCCCCAGCGGUGCCCGUAACGGAAGAGGAAAGCGGAACGAGAAAUGGAGAGGUCACACUAGCAACUGACAUGUUUUUAGAGGAAGGUGGUGAAACGACAUUGCAGCGGAGUGCCCUCCCAAUCAAAAGCUCCCGUCGGGGAAAUCAGCAUGUCUCUAAGUACUCCUAUAUUCGUAAGUCAAUGCAUACGAAGUUGAUCAAGGAGGGUGCUGAGCCUGUGAGGGAAUCCACACUUGAGUGGAUGUGCAGCGGUUGCCGAACUUACAAUUUUGUCGGUAGGAAAUUGUGUAGACGUUGCAAACAACGAGAUAUAGACUCCUUUAAACACACCUCGCCUCCUGCACGUCACAUCCCAUUAUUCCCUGCGACGUGGGCUUGUCAUUCAUGCGGUUUCAUUAACCGUUCCGAAGCCCACGGCGUAUUAAGUCGCAAUAAAUUUUUUUGUGAGGGCUGUGGCAUUCGUUUUUCCGGUGUGCGGGAAUGGUAUUGCCCAUCGUGCCAUUGCAUCAAUUCUCGGGGCUCAACAAAGUGUGCAACUUGCUACCAUGAGCGUCCUCACCUUUGGACCUGUUCCUACUGCAAGUACGAUAAAAACUCGAUCUUCUUUACGGAGUGUCAUAAUUGCCUUGCUUCUCGUUCAAGGCAGGUGUCUGACUCUACUGUUUUGUGUCCGACGUGCCAUCAGCGGAAUGACGUGCAAUGGGAGAUGUGUUUCUUCUGCAUGACGCCUUUAGGGAUGAUGGUGAGCGUCAAGAGGCUCCAGGAACGGUUGGUUGGUGGUGUGGAUAAAGUGGCAAAAAAAUUGCCCAGUGAAACCGAAGAAGGUAAGCGCAAAGGUGGUGGGGAUGAUGCUUUUUCAGAGCUCGCGACGGCGGAGUCUUCUCCAAUUGUUGAUAAGGGGACAGGAGAAAAUGAGGAUAUGCGAUCAAACACAUCUCGGCCGCCGGAGCCAGGGGAAGACGAUUCCCAGAAGUGUUUAAAUAACGAAGGCCAGCAGGAGUCGAAUCCAUCACCUGAGAGAAUCAGCUCUACGAGAGAAGUGCAAAUCCAGGAAAUUGCUGCGAACGAGGACGGUAGUUGGUGGUGCGACGAAUGCCAAGUUUUGCAGCGGCGCAAUGCGGGGUUUUGUGAUAUUUGCCUGAAGCCAAAAGUCGUCGCGAAUUCUGGAAAUGUUUCGGCACAAAGAGAGGGGACGGUGCAGACUGGAUGGACAUGUCUCUCAUGUGCCCAUCAGAAUGAAGAUGCGUCAAGGCAAACCUGUGAGAAAUGCCACAAUGCAAAGCCACAGGGAGCAGGAGUUGUACAACGUGACGAGCAGCAAGGAAUACGGGUUGCGUCUGCUGCGACUAGUGAUGCGAUGGAAACUGUUUCCGUUUUUUCCUUUGUUGGAGAUACAGGCCAGUGGCGGUGCCCCUACUGCCGAAAGAUGGUGGAUGUUACGGAAAUUUCAUGUUGCGGCGUCCCGCGUGAAAUUCCAUUUGGGUAUUGGCUUUGUGACUCUUGCUGCAGUACAAAUCGUGACGAGCGGGCGAACUGUAUGGGUUGUGGUGCGGCGCCACCUGCUAAACCGUGGCGAUGUUUUUUAUGCAGGUUUGGGAAUAAUAGCAAAGACCUCUUUUGUGUUCGCUGUGGCUCUGCGCAUCCGCAUCACUGGGAGUGUGCAAAGUGUGGUACGAAAUGCCAACAAGCCUCUCAUAGCAGGUGCUUUUCGUGUGGUGCGGAGAAAACCACGCAAGAGGUUAUCAAUUGCGAAGCAUGUUGUGCCCCAAAUCAUGCGUCCCGGAGGAGUUGCUACCGUUGCCGUGGACGACUAUCAUCUGAUAAGUGGCGUUGUGGUGCAUGUGGCUCAACUGAGAAUGAGAGGCAGGCUCGCCGAUGCGAGGCGUGUGGCAGCCCACGCGAGUACAAUAUGGAGGAAAUCAUAUGGAUUUGUGACGUGUGUGACGCGGCAGUGGCCUCCGGAGGUGAUUUGCCGGAGCGCACUCAGUGUCCUCUCUGUUCUUCCGAGCGCACUGAGCGAAGCUUGUGCUUGCCCAGUCGCUGGCGAUGCCAAGGUUGUGGUGUGUUGAACAGCUAUUCCGUUCCCUCUUGUUUGGAGUGCGGUGGCAAACGCGUAAUGGAAGGGUUGCAUACACACACUACUUGCUCUUCGUGCUUCCGUAUAACUGCGCUUACGAAGCAGGAGCAGUGCAGUAACUGUGGUGCGGACCUGUCGUCAAUCAUCAACGAGGCGGGAACUCCGAUUUCACUGACUGGCAUCAAGUCGCUUCUUGUCGAAAACACCCCUCUUCCCACGUCCUCAGCAGAUGGACCCAUGCGGACGUGCAAUGUUGCAGAAAAUACUUCUGUGGCAAGAAGAGGAACCGCAUCUCCUUGUUCUACACGUGAAAACACAGUAACAUUGAGGCAGCCUUCGAAUGAGCAACGGCACGACGCAGAUCACCUUGUUGAGAAGAAGACUUGUACGGAUGAGACCUUGGAUGCUCGCAUGGUGAAUCCCUACUCCUCCUCCAUCCCUCCUUCGUCAUUAGCAGCCGCAGCAGCAGAAACGGUGUUAACUUUGAUCCCGAGUAACACCAAUGGGAAUAAUUUUCUGAGGGAAGAAGUGGAGGAGCCUGAGGCCGUGGUGAUGGACGUGAUAAGCGAGGAGGAAGAGGAAGAAGAAAAAGAAGUGGAUUUGGAGGGUGUGGAGUGGAGCAGCAGCAUUCCGUCGUGGAUGUGUGUGAACUGCGAGACAAAAAAUCUUGAAGAGGCUGAGACGUGUGUGUGCUGUGGGCUUCGUCGCGGAGACGACUAA